CAUGUGACCGCACUCCGCCCUGGGCCGGCUGCUGUCGCUCGUCGGUGCCCGGCCGGUUCGAUGGAGGAGGAGGAGGAGGAGGCGCGGGCGCUGCUGGCGGGCGGCCCCGGCGCGCCCAGCGCGCUGCCGGCCCUCUGCGACCCCGGCCGCCUGGCGCACCGGCUGCUGGUGCUGCUGCUGAUGUGCUUCCUGGGCUUCGGCAGUUAUUUUUGCUAUGAUAAUCCUGCUGCGCUUCAGAGUCAGUUUAAGCGGGAUAUGCAGGUGAAUACCACGAAAUUCAUGCUGCUCUAUGCCUGGUAUUCUUGGCCCAAUGUAGUUUUGUGUUUCUUUGGUGGCUUUUUGAUAGACCGAGUGUUUGGAAUACGAUGGGGCACCAUUAUUUUUAGCUGUUUUGUUUGCAUUGGGCAGGUGGUGUUUGCUCUGGGUGGAAUCUUUAAUGCUUUUUGGCUGAUGGAAUUUGGAAGAUUUGUGUUUGGGAUUGGUGGGGAGUCCUUAGCAGUUGCCCAGAAUACAUAUGCUGUGAGUUGGUUUAAAGGCAAAGAA